AUGUCACUGGCAUCCUGGUUCAGGUGGAAUGAGCCCCCAAAUCGCAUUUCUCAGAGGAGCCCCACAGAAAUGGUGGUUGAAACGCUAAUGAUGGAGCUGAACUGGCAAACCAAGCAGGCAGAGAAGCAGCAGAGAGAGCGAGAGAACGAGUAUCGCAAAAUCAAGACUGGGGUGGACUACGGCUGGUUGGUCAGCUAUCCAAAGCAGAGCUAUGAUAUCAGCCCUGGAGAAAGGCUGCAGCUGGAGGAUAUGUGCACCAAAAUACAUCCUUCCUACUGUGGGCCUGUCAUACUCAGAUUCCGGCAACUCAUUGCUGAAUAUGAACCAGAAGUGCAAGAAGUAUCCCGGCUCUUCCGCUCUGUCCUGCAGGAAGCUGCCGACAAGAUCAAAGAGGAGGAAGAUGCCAAGAAGCUUGCCAGGCAAUGGAACACAAAGAACAAAACCAGCCUCUCCCUAACAACAUUUAAAUCUCGGUCCAGGAUUUCCCCAUUCAGCAGUGACAUCAAGACGAUCUCUGAGGAUGUGGAAAAGGGCACCCAGCCCACCAGGAGGGUUUGGAGCAUGCCAGAAUUUAAAAAUGCCAAGGAUUACUGACUCUGUACUUAAUGAGGUUUUUAGACAGUGAUAUUUCAAAAUCCUAGUUAACUCUUUUUUCAGCUCUACUGUUUCUUCUUUG